AUGGACGACACGGCCGAGCUCACCGAACGCUUCGAGCGCUACUGCGACACAAAAGACAACGAUGUCCCCUCCGAAGUACUCAACGAAUUGCAGUCCAUCCAGCGGAUAUUCUCCAUAUCGGCAGAAGAGCUGGACUUCAAAUGGCAAGCAUACAAUAUGAAGAUGGGCGGCGAGGAAAACAAGCUCGAUUUGAAGACAGCGAGAGACUUCAAGAAGAACCUCCAAGAUGCAUUGGAGAAAGAAAGCAGAGGGAAAGUGCAGCAUAGGAAUGAUUCGAAAAGGGUUGCCCCGACACCGAGGGCGGCGAAGGGUGGGGAUAUGUACGAUAUGCUGGAUGGCAUGAUUGCUACACCGCGAACAGGUGCUCUGGGAAGCGCAGCAAAGCGACGAUCGAACUUCGACACACCCUCAAGCAAAGCACAUAAGAACCAUGAGAUGAGCUCACCGGCUAGUGGACCGACACCCAGAGGCGAAGCCAGCAAUGGACUUGCCUUUGACUUCUCUUCUCGCACCAACGCCGGCGACAUUGCCGAACAAUUAAACGGUCACAUCCCCCUCUCUGAGCCCCCAGAAGAGCCUCCUUCAGAGACUCGCAUCAAGCUCAAGGCCAACACCGAUAUGUCCAAGUUCUCCUACAAAACUAUGGCCAUGAAACUCUCCGAAGCCUCCGAAGUGCUUGACGACCGCAUCGACGAGUUCCGUCAAUUGCUCCAAGAACAACUCAGUCUCGAAGACAGCGCCUUCGGCAACCCCUCAUACCAAUCUCCAAACGAAGUCAUAACAGUGGGACGUAUAUGCUGCGAUACUAGCGAAGGCAAGCUCAAUGCUGCGUCGAUAGUGCUUGAGGGUUCGCGUCGAUGGGGGUCUGGACGGAGGGUGCCCUUGACUCUGGACAAGCUAGCAUCAUAUAACUUCUUUCCCGGACAGAUCGUUGCGCUUCGAGGAAUCAACGCCUCGGGCGAGAACUUUGUCGUCUCAGAAGUCCUUUCUUUUCCCCUCCUCACACAGCCUGCGUCUACCCCCGCAGAACUAGACAGCUACAACGCGCGGUACCUCGACACGCCGGAAUCAGACCCGUCCUCCGUGCGUCCUCUGACCGUCUUUAUAGCAUCCGGACCCUACACGACCGACCAGAAUCUCGACUUCGCGCCCCUACACACGUUCCUCGACAACGCCGUGGAAGCAUGUGCCGACAGCGUCGUACUAUUAGGUCCCUUCCUCGACGCAGAGCAUCCUCUCAUCCGCUCGGGAGACUUCGACAUCCCGCCACAUCUCACCUCCCCAGAUCAAGCCACCAUGACAGACCUCUUCCGCCACUUCAUCUCCUCCGCCAUCCAAACCUUUGCCCAGCGUCUCCCGACGUGCAACGUCAUCUUAGUGCCUAGCUUGCGCGACGCACACCACCACCACGCAGCCUUCCCGCAAGACAAAUUCACAAAGAAAGAAUUAGGCUUUGGUGCCGCAGGGAAACAGGUUCAGUGCGUUACAAAUCCCAUGACGCUGAGUAUGAACGAGUUCAUCGUGGCUAUGUCAUCGCUGGAUAUCUUGCACAUGCUGUCGCGCGAGGAAAUUGCAGAUGGGAAGGCGAGGACCGUCCAUUUGUACGAGAGAGGCGCGAAGAACGUCCUCGAGCAGCGCAGCUUUCUGCCGCUGUUUCCGCCUACGGGGAGAGAGAAAAUGUUCGCACCUGCGCCGGUCGAGGCUGAGGUGUUCAAGGAGGGUGCUGCGGAUGGCGAGACUGGGGAAGAGCAAGGUCCUAGUCCCUUCUUGCCGCUGGGGACUAUGGUGGAUACGAGCUAUCUCAAGCUCGGCGAGAUGCUGAAUGUGAGGCCGGAUGUGUUGAUCACGCCUAGCGUUUUGCAGGGGUUUGUCAAGGUUGUAGAAAGCGUGCUGGUUAUCAAUCCCGGAACGUUGAGUAAGCGCCGGGCGGCAGGCACGUAUGCAAGGUUAGUGGUACGGCCUGCAGACGUGAGUGAUAAAGAGAGGGAGAGUGGAGCUGCUAUGGCGCAUAAGUUGUGGGAGCGGGCGAGGGUGGAUAUCGUGAAGAUCUAA